UUGUGUGUAAAAAAUCUUUAAAUAAAGAAACCGACACAUCAUGCAGAAAUGAUAAAGGUCAUCUCAGCUGAUUUCUUGUAACACAUACUAAAGAUUAGAUAAGGUUAAGGACUUUCCAAAGGUGGACCUGUUCCAGUCUCUUCCGGUUGAACUAACGAUAGAACAUGCAUUAACAUAAUGUCUGUCCUUCAUUAUCAGUGCUGAUGCAGGUGUAUUCAGUAACUCAUGGGCCUGAUGCUUUCAAGUGACGUCCAGACCUGAACAUCUUAGGACAAAGAGUCUGUAGACAUGAAGUAUCUAGAUAUAAACAUCCACUGGAGAUAUUAAAAUAUAUUUCCAAUGCUAUAUAAAUACAGCUAUGAAACAGCAAUCACCACACGUCCUCUCUAUACUCCGGACAGGGUCAAUUAAAUCAUACUGACAAGGGGAAGACAGAAAACCAUGAAGGUUCUUGUGGUUCUUGCAUUGGCUGUUUUUACAGGUUGCCAAGCUAAUUCAAUUAAUGCAGAGAAGCCCAAUCCACAUCUUGAACACUUAAUAACUGCAUUCUGGAAAUACAUUGCCAAAGCAGUACAUCCCACUGAUGAAAAAUCCCAUGUGAUAAGGACAUCCCAGCUGGGAAAAGAAGUCGAACUAACACAGCCUCCUCCAUCUGAAGAUCAGAUGACCCAAAUCACCAAGGAGGCUGGCGUGUUGAGGGAGCGUUUGGAAAAGGACAUGAACAUGAUAAGAGACAAACUGGAGCCCUAUGCUGACAACCUCAAGAGUCAGAUCCAGCAGAGAGUGGAGGAGCUCAGGACGGCCAUGGCUCCAUAUGCUGACUCCCUGGAUUCUGAGACCCUGAAGGCCACUCUGCUCCAGAAGAGCGAGGAGCUGAGAGGAAACCUGGAGCAGAGCGCGAAGGAGCUGCAGGCUCAGAUGGAGCCCUACACUGCUGAGAUCAAGGAUAAUGUGGGCCAAUAUCUGCAGGAUAUGCAAAAAUAUUUAGCUACUUCACCUGAAGAUCUCUAGGCCCAUAUGUGGAGUUCUCUUUCCUAUUUCUGUUACAUUGUGAUGUUUUUAGGUUUUUUUUCUUUUCUUUUUAUUGCAACAAUAAAACAUCUGCCAUCUA